CCCGGCCCUGCCGAGCGCCAUCGCGGCCCCACGUGGGGCUGUGGCGCUGCCCGAUGACGCCUGAAACGGGCGCUGGCCCCGGUUCUCCCCGCCCCGCGGAGCCGCGGCAGAGCCAAGCGAGGAGGGUGCUGCAGCAACAGGAAUGACGGUGAACACGCCGCUGUGCUUCAGAGGAAAGAAGAUCCUGGCUCCAAUGGUGCGGGUGGGGACGCUGCCAAUGCGUCUGCUUGCUCUGGACUAUGGUGCUGAUAUCGUGUACUGUGAGGAGCUGAUUGACAUAAAGAUGCUGCAGUGUAAGAGGGUUAUAAAUGAGGUACUUGAAACAGUGGAUUUUGUUGCACCUAAUGACAGAGUUGUUUUCAGAACUUGUGAAAGGGAGAGAGAGCGUGUUGUCUUCCAAAUGGGUUCAGCAGAUGCUGAAAGAGCCCUGGCAGUAGCUAAGCUUGUAGAGAGUGAUGUGGCUGGAAUUGAUAUCAACAUGGGAUGCCCAAAAGAAUAUUCUACUAAGGGAGGUAUGGGAGCAGCACUGCUGUCUGAUCCUGACAAAAUAGAGUCUAUAUUGACCACCCUUGUUAAAGGAAUUUGUAAACCAGUAACCUGCAAAAUCCGCAUUUUGCCCUCAGUGGAGGAUACUGUGAACCUGGUGAGGAGAAUAGAGAAAACUGGCAUUGCUGCCAUUGCAGUCCAUGGAAGGAAGAAGGAGGAGAGGCCUCAGCACCCUGUCCACUGUGAUGUGAUCAAGGCCAUAUCUGAAGCUGUCUCCAUUCCAGUAAUAGCAAAUGGAGGAUCUCAUGACUUCAUUAAGGAAUAUGCAGACAUUGAGACCUUCCAGAAAGCAACAGCUGCCUCAUCAGUCAUGAUUGCUCGUGCUGCCAUGUGGAACCCCUCUGUCUUCAGAAAAGAGGGGUUUUGCCCCUUGAAGGAUGUCAUGCAAGAUUACAUCAAAUAUGCAGUGAGGUAUGACAAUCACUACACCAACACUAAAUACUGCUUGUGUCAGAUGUUAAGAGAGCAGCUGGAAACGACUCAGGGUAAGAAGCUGCACGCUGCACAGUCCACACAGGAGAUCUGUGAAGCCUUUGAAAUGGGUGACUUCUAUGAAGAAACCACAGCUAUUUUUGAAGCAAAGAAAACAUCUUUAGUAACCAAGGUGCAAGAUGAAGAUGACCAAAUGGAAGAUCCAGAUGUAAUAAAAAUGGCUGUUAGAUUUGACAAGCGAGAAUAUCCACCACAGAUCACUCCAAAAAUGUAUCUUCUGGAAUGGUGCAGGAAAGAAAAGCAUCCUCAGCCUGUUUAUGAAACUGUUCAAAGACCACUGGAUAGAUUAUUCUGUUCAGUAGUGACAGUAGCUGAGCAAAAAUACAGAUCAACUCUGUGUUUAUUCCAGUUGGCUUUGGUAAAGGUCAGCUGCAAGCUACCUCCUAAAGCUACUUCUAGGAGGGAGAAAGGAUUAAAAACUUCUGAGAAUUGAAUGUGACAAGAGGAAGUAAGCACUGGCAUAAUCAAGUAAACGGUUACAGAAUUGAAUUCACUUUGUGUUAGUCCACAAGCUGUAUUGGAAGGGGAGCAAAUAGGUGACCCAGUUCCAUUCUGUGUGUGAUGAGUGCAGAGAGAAGCCAAGGGAGGCAGAGGGGAAUGUUGGAGGAGGUUAUGUCUUCAGCCACUGCAGCAGAUCCAUUCCCAGUAAGAGGUCAGGACUAAGUGUCUGUAUCCAUGAAGCAGAGGACAGUGCACUGAGUUCUUGGAGAUCACAGUUAAUUAGCAGCUCCAUCCAGGCCUGCUCUAAAGUUUCUUGAUGGUAUUUUAUACAAUCAUCUAUUAAUACCAGAGUUGAUUUGAGGCAUUUGCACCUAAGGUGAUCUUGAUUUAACUGCAAAGCUAGACCUCAGCAUUGAACAUUUAAACAGGACAAGUGCACACAACUGCUUUGCAGCCUUCCAGUUCAGAGACUUUAGGAAGUUAUGCUCAGCUGAUAUGAAAUUUUGAGAAGAAAAUGUUUUUGAAUACUGACUUCCACAAAUGUGUGAUGGGCAGUCUUUCUCAGAAGUGACAGAAUUUUUAUUAUUACGGAACAGUUCCUGCUUUUGUCAGCAUCAAUGAACUUGUGCAACUGACAGAGUGUACUGAUGCCUGAGCCUCUUUAAAGAAAAGUGAUCCUUCAUAACUCAGUUUUGUUUAGUGAUCAGAUUUGUAAAAGUUACCUUUCUGUGGGCCAAACACACAUUGGCUGUGUACCAUUGACAUGGAGAGUGUUCAGGAGACAAGCCCUGAUAGAGACAGAUUUUCUAGGAAUAUUGCAUCAGGAGUGAUGCAUCAACACUUGACAUCUAGCAAGAUUGAAAUCAUUUCUGGAAGUGACCUGGUUUGUUUUUCUGCUGUGAGAUGACUACAAAUGCUGUUUGUUUCAUGAUGUUGCAUCAGAGACAGGAAAUUGUCUCUUGGCAGUGUGGAGACCUCAGUUUCUACUUUCACGUGUGCUC